GUUGUUAACACUAAGUUAUUAGCGACGUUUGAGAGGGUGAUGCACAAUUUUCGUUGUAGCGUCACUUUGUUCGGUAAAGUUUAGCAAAAGUUUGGCUUUAGCUUUGGAAAAACAAAAGAGUUAAAAUCCUGUGAAAAAUUACGAAAGGCGAUAUAUUCAACUAUGUCUGCGAAACGUAAAGCUGGUGGAAGUGGUAAUGGACCUAACAAGCGCCGCCCUAAAAAACAGGAGAUUGAAGAGGAUUUUAGUGAGGCUUCUAGUGACGAAGUCCAAUCUACCUCAAAUCAAGUGGAAGUUUUAAUUCCCAAUGAUGAUUUGGAUCCGCCUAGCAAGUUACCCGAAGAUCUUCUCUUAUCUCUAGAUAAGACGCCGGGCAAAUUAUUGAUUGCUGGAAUGGUAACAUGGGACUUAACCGGGAAACGUGACCGAAAAAAUGUUGUUAAAGUGCGGCCCAAUCUUUAUAAUUUUCAUCGUUUUUCUGAUGAAAAGUACCGCUUUUGUGCAACUGGUCCAAGCUCCGCUCAUACACUCCUUAUUAAUAUGGAUCGCAAGGCUCUAGCAUUUGGUCGUAAUCCUUCAGGACAAUUAGGUUUGUCCGAUGUAAAAAUAUGUGAAAUUCCUACUUUGGUUCCAGGAUUGGAGAAAUUUAAUAUCGUCCAAGCAGCAUGUGGUCGACAUCAUUCCCUCUUUUUGACUGACACAGGUACAGUUUACGCCUGUGGGGAAAAUAAGUCUGGCCAAUGUGGUAUUGGAAACACACUUCCGGUGGUAAAUAAACCAACUCCGAUAAAUUAUCAAGGAUCUCCAAUCAUUAGAAUUGGUUGUGGAGCUGAAUUUUCGGUGAUUCUCGAUAUUAAAGGUAAUUUAUAUACUUUUGGAUUACCUGAAUAUGGCCAGCUGGGACAUAACACAGACGCAAAAUACUUUGUUAAUGCCAACAAAUUGUCAUUCCACUUUGAAACAUCGCCUAAAAAGGUUGUAUUAUAUAUUGAGAAGAAUAAGGAAGGACACGUUACACCUGUGGACAAUGUUCAAAUUGUGGACUUUGCUUGCGGUAAUAAUCAUACGGUCGCCAUUGACUCAAAAAAGCGCGUGUAUAGUUGGGGUUUCGGUGGUUUUGGUCGUUUGGGUCAUGCUGAACCAAAAGAUGAAAUGGUACCCCGUUUAAUUAAAUAUUUUGACACUCAAGGGCGUGGUGCCCGUAAUGUAUACUGUGGUGCAACUUUUAGUCUCAUUGUCAAUGAACUAGGUGUCCUGUUCUUAUUUGGACAAAACAAAAAGACUGGAGAAGCAAACAUGUACCCAAAACCUGUGCAGGAUUUAUCGGGCUGGAACAUCACUGACAUUGGUUCUGGAAACACUUCUAUUAUUAUUUCUGCUGACGAUACCUUAAUCGCAUGGGGUGCUUCUCCAACUUAUGGAGAAUUAGGCCUUGGUGAAUUCCAAAAGUCUUCGACUGUCCCUAAGGAAGUGCCCAAAAUGGAUAAUAUAAAAAUACCUCAGGUUGCUGUUGGUUACUCUCAUACAGUUUUACUUGUUGAUACUGAUCACGAGCCAACAAAACUAAAGUAUGAAAAACUGCCAGAAUAUACCAUCGAUAAUUGAACAGAGUAAAUUUAAGCGUAGUUGUUGACCUUCUUACUCCCCAUCAUGCAUUUAUAAUAGAAAUAUUAGCUCGGUGAUAGUUUUACAUCGCGUCUUAGAGUUUAAAGAAGUAAUUUAAUACAGAUAAAUACUCAGGAGUGUUGUGGAAUCCAAGACAGAUUUGCGUAGUUGCCAGAAUUGCAAACCAGUUCUGAUUUAGAAUAGUGUCACAGAAAAUGAUUGGAUUUUCGUUUUUACAUAUGCUCAAAUGAAUAAAUUUGGAAGCGUUUGAUAUAUUUAAAAUACUGAAUAAAGUCUAGUAAUGUUUACACGAUCCGAUAUUUUAGCUUUUAUUUUAUUGGAAGCAUAAAGCUACGAAAGGAAUCGCAUGUGAAAUUUGGCUUGCAUUUACUUGUAUGCUUGUAUACAUACAUUCUUACUUUACAGAUUUGUAUCACAUUAUCGACUGAAUAAAAACGCAUUUAGGUGUUAAAUUACGUUUAUUACGUUUUGUGUAUCCUCUUAAAAUAUCUGGAUUUUUUCCAUAAACUCGAUAAUUAUGACCUGUUUUGUUUUAUUCUUAUGUUUUCCCCUAUAGAAAUAACGAUAAAUUAAAUCGUAACAAUAAUGUAAAUGAUUUUCUUAACUUACAUUUCAAAUCUGUCAGCAAAAUCCUCUUGCUUUGUUUCUGAUAACAAAACGGAUAAAAUUGGUUUCCGUGACACCCAAACCCGAUACAAUUUCUGUUUCGAACGUCAAACCAAUAAUAUCUGAAUUCAUGAUACCUACUACAUUCAACAAUUACAAUUCUGAUUCCGACAACUAUCAUAUUCUAUAACUUUCAGAUUCUACAACACCCCUGACUAAUAAAUUAGAUAUACAAUAUAUAAGAUAUAAUUAUAUAAGUAGAUUUACUAGGUUCCAGGCUACUAAUUUAUACAGCCUGUGCAUUCGUGAAACUAUUCCAUGAUCAUUACAUUUUUUUCAAUUAUCUAUAAAACGAUUUAGUAAAAGAUGUUCCCUUUAUCUGCGGUACAUUUUCUCUCAUAUCGGAAUCCAAUACAUUCUUAUUUAGAAGUAAGUUUAACAAAGUAGAUAAGAAUCAAUGUCACUGUUUUAUAUAUUUUUUACUAUUCAUAUUUUGCCACUUUUAUGCAGUAUUGUAUUCUACAUAUUACAAACAUAUAAAAAGAAUUCUUGGAAAUAAACUUUAAUAACACAUUUUUUUUCGAAA